AUCGCCACUUUCGCCAUAGCCCCGAUUCUCCGCACGAAAGAACUCGUCCCCAGCAUGGAGGGCCUUACGCAGUAUGCUGCUGAGCGGAUUGCAAGGAGAAUGGCAUUCAAUCGGGAGGAUUUCGCCGAUGGCGAGGAGCUCUGCUCCUACGGCAAGCCUGCAGCCACUGCGUACGUGAUACGGACAGGGAAGAUCUUCUCGGAAGUCUACCAGGGCAGGCUGGAGAUCCUCCACAAUGACCUGCGAUGCGUUGGCUUCACGGAGAUGCUGGUCGGCAAGACGUACCAGGAGACGGUCAAGGCAAAGGGAAUGGUACAGGCGUACAAACUGACAUACUCGGACAUGCUCGAGCUCUUGGGAUCCUCCAGCGAGUCCUACGUGCUCGAGCAGAUCAAGAUUUCGGCUCAGAAGCAGUUCCGCAAGGUGAAGAAAGCGCACAUUGGCAUGCGAUGGAACCUGCUGCUAGACAGCAUCCUCAGCAUCAUCGAAGUGCCCGAUCAAACAGAGAACGGAAACAUGUUGCAGAUCAUGAUGGGCGCCAUCGGACAGCGCUCCCCUCGCCCGCGAUGACCCUACUCCCUCACACUGCUCAGUGCAGGCUUGUAUAUCAUAGUUGUUCAUCAAAUCA